AAAAGCUGCGGGGCGUCGAUUUAACUAAAAAAACUUCUGUUUUUAAUGUCGGAGGUUUAUUGUGAAGGAGUUUAUUUCAUGGAUCAGCUGUUUCCUGUGUGAUCGGUUAUUGAUCUGCGUGAAUCGGCUUUAAAUGCGGUGACUUCAUUUUCGGAUCUCGUGAACGACGCGGUUUAAUUUUCAGAUUUUAUGAAGCUGAUGUAAAACGAGUCUGAGAUGUCUGAGUCCUGAGACCCUGAUCUGUCUGAGACCCUGAUCUGUUCACGGUCUGAUGUUUGUUCUGACUGAAGCAGGAGGAGGAGAGGAGAACCAAGGAGGUCAGAGGAGGAGGCUGCCGAAACUGAAGAACCCUGCGAUGCUGUGGAAGAACCGCAGACAGCAGAACCACAACAACAACCACACUGAAGAGAAUGACAGGGACUGUGUGGAGGAGCAGCAGGAGGAGCAGCUGGAGGAGGUCAGCAGGAGGCUGAUCCUCAGGGAGGAGCAGUUCUUCAGUCAGGACUCUCCCGAUGAGGAGGAGGACCAGCUGCUGAAAGACUUCGAGGAACUGAAGCUGCAGAUGUGGAUGGCCAUCCACAACACCUUCACUUCCUCCUCCUCGGAGCAGCUGAACAUCCUGAGGAGCGCCGUGGCCUCCAUCCAGCAGCAGGAGGUGCAGGACCGGCUCUGGACGGGGCGUCCUGAGGACAGGGUCCCAGUGUGGCGUCCUCUGAAGUGCAUCAGUACUCACAACAACCUACUGCAGAAGAUAGUGGAGUCCAGAGUGAAGAAGGCAGCGGAGGACGAGUUGAGUGGAACCGAGGAGCUGUCCUCACCUGUGAAGAGGGAGGUGUGUCGUUUGGGGAAACGAGUGAAAGACGACCUGCUGACGGUGGAGAGGACGGUGAAGGACUGUUACCCUCCUCAGAUGGACAUCCUGAACGUCUAUGCUGGUCUCUACCACCAGAGGUUCUCCACCCGGCUGACUGAACUCGCUGCUUCUGGACUGGACAUAGACGACUGCAGCUACCUGCUGUUCUGGGUCAACCACUGCUACCCACAGACAAUAUUAAAACAUGAAGACCUGGAUGGAAAGAUAAAGACGGCCUGUCUGGGUUCUCUGCUGCUGCAGGACGACCUGAACCGUCUGGAGGAGCAGUACCUGUCCCACAGAGAGGACAAAGUGAAGUUGUGGCUGAGCACAGCUUUAAAGAAAGAGGAGGAGCGCUGGCUGAGCAGCAAGACCCCUGAACUCAUCGACCACUAUUACUUCAGCCCACUGGCUGUAGAUGUCAUACAGGUGAUAGACAGCUCCCUGACCGAGUUCAGCCGUGUGAUCAGAGACCAGAGCAAAGCUCAGAGGAUCACAGCUCACCUGGAGAGCUUCCUGUGCAGCUACAAGAAGAGCAUGGAGGAGUUUGUGAAGGGAAACCACAGUAACGUCUGCUCUGUGAUCAAAGCUCACCUGGUGUGUGAGGAGCAGCUCAGGGAUUACAUCACAGGUGCGACUGCGAGUCUGUCUCAGCUGCAGAGCCGCCGCUGUCUGGACACGCUGUCUGCUCUGAGGGAUUGUGGGUACAGGUAUUUCACCUGUCCCAUUCACGUCCAGCUGAAGGUGUGUUACAGUCACCUGUGGACAUCUGUCUGGUUGGAUGGGUCACUUCCUGUCAUGGACUCGGUGCUGGACUCUCUGAGCCGACAGCUGGUGGACCUGACUGACCUGAAACCAGCCUGUCGACAGUCCCUGCUGAGCGUCCUCCAUCAGGACGUGGUCCUUCAGUACGUGAAGAGGAUGAUGAGGAGCAGGAUGAAGAGCAGAGAGCUGCAGGUGGCUGCGACUCAGAGGAUGGGAGAGGACGCUCAGAAGAUCAACGACUUCUUCAGAGAGGAGGGCUGCACUGAGUCCCUUUGGAUCGCAGACGUCCUCUGCAGCAUCGCUGAGGUUCUCCGCCUGCACGACCCAGGAAGUGUCCAGCUGGAGAUGGUCAGUCUGGCUAGGAUGUUCCCUGAUCUCAGUGACGCUCACGUGUCAGCACUGCUGUCUCUGAAAACCGGCCUAUCAGCCGCUGACGUUCGCUCCAUCAGGCGGAGCGUGGAGGAGAACCGCCACCUCGACCCCUCCACCAAUCACAGCCCUCCAUUCUUCUCCAAGGUCAAAGUCAAGUGGCUCAACAACAAGAUCAAUCAGAUGGGGCUGUAGAGCUGAGUGUGUUAGCAUUUUAGCAUAUUUGCCUGUUAGUAUUUUAGCAUGUUAGCCCGUUAGCAUGUUAGCAGUAUUAGUCACAGUGUGUUUCAGUGUUGUUGCUUUACCAUGGUACUAAAGAUGGACAUUUUAUUUUGAAGGUCACUGUUUGUGGUUACAGGCGGCCAUGUUGAAGGACAGACCCCUUCGGAUCUGAGAUCAGUCUGAUGUGGUGUUCCCCAGGGUUCAGUCCUGGGUCCACAAAACUAUCAGAAAAUUCUGUUCUGGUUUUAAUAGUUGUGUAUAUAAAGCUGAUCUGUUUAUUCAGAAGUUAGUUUUAACAAACAGAAAACCACCAUAGUUGCGUUCCAGCUGAACUCAGAAGUCUGAAUUUCUUAGUUCCUUGUUAGAAGUUUGAACCUGAGCGCCUCCUGAAGUCAGAUUUCCAACUCAGAAAGUCAGAGCAACUCCAUCAACCCCGACAUCAGAAUUCAAGAUGGCUACUCCUCACAAGUCAAGUCAAGUCAAUUUUAGUCAUAUAUCGCCAAUUCACAACAGAGGUUAUCUGGAGGCUCUGUACAUAUAGAGCAGGUCUAGACCAAACUCUAUCUUAUAAAAUUUACAGAGAGAAACCCAACAGAUCCACCAUGAGCAGCACUAGGAGACUGGGAGAGGAAAAACUUCCUUUAAGAGGCAGAAACCCAGAGCAGAACCGGAUUCGGGUGGGCAGCCAUCUGCCUAGACUGGUUGGGUUUAGACAGAGAGGGGUGGGGGUGGGGGGGUAAGAGAAAGACAACAUUGCAAAUACACAGACUAAGUCAAAAUGUAGUAGCAGUAAUAAUAAUUAUUAUUAUAGCAGUGAAACAUUAACAGCACUAACACUAAUAAAUGUUUAAAUGUUGUAACACCGUCGGUUGAGCUGGAUCAUGGGAGCAGCAGGAGUCUCUACAGUUCUGGAGGCAGAACCCUGCAGUAAGAGACAGUAGAAGAGAGAGAGAGAAACAGUUUAAUGCAGUGAUAUUAAGACGGUUUACAGUAAUCUCAUCUGCAGGACAUCAUGGACAACAUUUACUAACUACUAAGCUUAACUGAUGCAUUGAGACUGACCCAACCUGCAUCAACAGCAGUGAACUCUCUGCUAAUGUUCCUGUUUAUAGCAGCUCAGUCUCAUUAGUUUCACAUGAAGUCAGUCAGACACAUAGAACUGUUCAGUUUUUAUCUGUGGACAUGUUGCUGCUGUGUCAAUUCACCUUCAUGGUUUAAUGUUACGUUUUCAAACAGUUAAAUUUGAACUGCUGAAAUUUGUCUAAACUCUUUCUGUGAGCAUCCAUGUUUUUCUGACUUCUCACCUGGAACGCUGUUAGGUCGGAGGUGAUGUCACUCCCAGUUCUGAACUCUGGUGAAUGCAUUAUGAGACACAGCUGAGUCUGGGGUUUACCAGUCAUGUUUGCAGGGACCCAGCAGAGGGUGCUCAUGUUAAACACAACACCACUGCUCCAGUGUAAUGAUAUAAUAAACAGCCAUACAAGCAAAUAAUA